ACCUACUCUUUAUAUACAGGAUACCCCCAUCGCCCACCCAAAGUUUCCUCAACCCUUCGCUAUUCACAUCUCAGUUCUUAGAUCCUCCUCCCAUCCAUGGCAUUCGCAACCUCCCUCAAACUCCACAACCCCUUUUCCCCCACCUCCGCUGCCACCGAAAGGCGCGACCUUGAUUUCCCCGCCGCCGUCUACCUCAACCGACGGCUGCGCAACCCCCCGCGCACUGUCGCCAUGGCCACCGUGCCUACCAACGACGGCGUCCCCCGGAUCAACGGCCAUCCCCACAUCAACGGUCAUGCCCACUCCUACGCCCCCGCACUCGCACCCCGCGUCGCCUUCCAGGGCGCCCCUGGCGCCUACUCUGAGUUCGCGGCCAAGACGGCGGUGCCGGGCUGCGCCACCGUGCCCUGCCGCACCUUCGCGGACGCCAUCGCGGCCGUGCAGGCCGGCCAAGCUGACCGCGCCAUCCUCCCCGUGGAGAGCACCAUGGAAGGCACCGCCCUUCGCAACUAUGACCUCCUCCUCCGCCACGACCUCGUCAUCUCCCAGGAGGUCAACUUGUUCGUCCACUAUUGCCUCCUCGCCAUGCCCGGCGUCCGCCCCGCCGAGCUCCGCCGCGUCAUCAGCCACCCCAUGGCCCUUGCUCACUGCGGCCGCGCACUCGCCCAGCUCGGCCUCCACCGUCGCGAGCCCGUCGAGGACACCGCCGGCGCUGUCGAGAUGCUCCGAUCCCACCGUCUCCUCGACACCGCCGCCAUCGCCUCCCCCCGCGCUGCCCUCCUAUACGGCCUCGAUGUUCUCGCCGACGGCCUCCAGGACGAAUCCUGGAACGUCACCCGCUUCCUCCUCCUCUCCCCCAAGUCCUCCACUUCCUCCGCCACUCCCCCCUUGCCGCCUCCCAACCCCAAGACAUCCAUGGUGAUCGCCCACCGAGGCGGCUCGAUGGUGGUGCUCCUCAAGGUCCUCUCCGCCUUCUCCAGGAGGAACAUCAAUCUCACAAAGCUGGAGAUCAUCAACUCCUCGGCGGCGGAGAACAAGGCACCGGUGAUGAUACUGGACAUCAGGGGGAAGGGCUCGCUGCGGGCGUUCCCUCACGUCCUGUACGUCGACUUCGAGGGGUCAAAGGAGGAUCCCAGGGCGAAGGAGGCCAUCGACGAGAUCUCCCAGUUCUCCGUCUUCGUCAGGAUCUUGGGAUGCUACGCCGCUAAUCCCAACGUCUAUGACCUCCAAUGAUGACACCUCUACUCCAUGGCUUCGCCUUACCUUGAGAAUCCAAGCUCAGCUCAGCUCAGCUUGCAUGGUAUUAUUAUGGCCUGGGUAAAACUUCUGCUUCCACUCUCCUUCUUAGUUGUAUAUAACCACAUCCUAUUAGCUCGCCUGUACUCGUAAUUCUUGCUGAAGUUGAAUUAGGAGAGUGGAAAAUGAUCACGAAUUCUGAGAUCUACAUGAGAAUGGAAGUUUGCUUCGUGAUGCAGUUGUUCUACUGCUACUCAUGUAUUAGACUCUAGAAAUCAGCAAUAAGGAAUAUCCAUCAAUCAUUCAUUGUGUC